GUCUCAUUCGACGAUCGAGGCGACCUCACUCUCAAAGUCGGCAAUCUAGAAGAUGGCGACGUAUUCGAAUUCGUGAUCUGCUCCAGGGCACUGGCGCGCGCAUCUCCCGUCUUUCGAGCGAUGCUCUUUGGUGGAUUCUCCGAGUCCAAGCCCGAGGGAGAGGCAUGGGUCGUGAAGCUUCCAGAGGAUCGCCCUGCGCCUUUCUCCAUUCUCUUGAAGAUUAUCCACGGUUGCUUCUGCGAAGUGCCGCAGUCGCUGACGCUGGAGGAUAUUUAUCAGCUCCUUGUCGUCACGAACAAAUAUGACAUGUUGUCGCUUGCAUCAACCUGGUUCGCACCUUACAGGAACCUCAAAGCAAGAGAUGGGAACGAAAAGCUAUUGUGGAUGGCUUGGGAGCUUGGAGACCAAGGGGCCUUUAAUGGGAUGGCUCGAGAUCUCGUUGUUACGUCGGAAGUGAACAAAGAAGGACAGCUCCUUGAUAGCCGAGGAAUCCCUUUUAACACUUAUGAAUGUUUCGAUGCCAAUGGGUUAUUAGAUAGGUUUCUGAAUCGUGAAGUCACCGAACAGCUUUAA